AUGUUGCGAGGUUUGGGUUGUAUCAAUGUGAUGAGGAGAGCAGCAGUAUCUCUUGAAAGAAGUAGAUUUUUGUCGUCCUCCUCCUCCUCCAGGAUUCGAAGUAGAAGAAGAAGAAGACGAGAAGAAGGAGUGCGAGAAAUCGAUGAGGACCUGCAAGCCAUCAUUCACGAAUACGACAUACAACUCGCCCGUCCUCGUAGCUUGGCGGAACUGUUGGAAGCCUCCAAGAAUUCCCGCGAGGAGAUCAAUCAUUUCUUGCGACACGAAUACUUGGUCCGGAGUGCCGAACGAAUUUCCAUGUUUCAAGAGCGCAUUGGAGUCGAGCGCAUCGAUCAAGUUCCUGAAUUGACAAGAGCCUACAAUUUGCACGUGCACUGUUUCGAGGCCAUGCUGGAAGCAGGUGGCAGCAACAACAACAACAACAACAACAACAACAACAACAACAGUGAUAUGACACCCGUGGUACAGAACAUUGUGGACCAGACGCGCUCCAUGGUGCCGCUCUUGUGCACGGGCAUGUCUCGGCUGGUGCGACGGGACGGCGCCAUGAGCUCCUUGUUUGUCAACCAGUUUCUCAAUGAGCUGCUGCUCAACCGAAUUGGCAGCAAUGUUCUCAUGUCGCAAUACUUGUCCAGUAAUAUUGUCGAUCCUCAGUGCAAUGUCACUGCCAUUUGUGGAACCGUUGCACGGCAAGUGCGAGAAUUGUGUGCGCAAGAGACUGGAUACAAACCACACAUACGGAUAGAAUCACACUCCAGCAUUGAAAAUGAUCCAAAUCAAGUGACUGCUUCCUUUGCCUUUAUUCCGGGAAUAUUGUCCUACAUUCUGCAAGAACUGCUCAAGAACUCCGCAGUCGCCACAGCCAAACAACAGCAACAACAAUACGCAAGGGACGAUAUUCAAAAAGCCAUUGCAGUGGUGAUUUGUGCCGAUGAACGUCGCGUCAUGAUUCACAUUGGGGAUAAGGGCGGUGGGAUUCCAUUUGAAGUGGGGCAGCAUAUAUGGUCCUACCUGUACACUACCAAAAAGCCACAACCUGAUGAUACUACUACUACUGAUACCAACAACGCCAGUAAUUUGGGAGGCUACGGAGUUGGCUUGCCUCUGUCGCGGCUCUAUGCCAAUUAUUUGGGUGGAUCCAUCAAACUAGUGUCAUUGCCAGGAUACGGGACCCAUGCCUAUGUCUACUUGCCACGGCUUCCACAACAUUUGGUCGAAGUCGUCCCCGAGCGUGCCAACAGCAGUCUGGAGGAAGACCCCUAUUGGGUGGUCAAGAAGAACGAAUUCAUUCUGUAA